UGAAUUUAUGUCCUCCAAGAGAUUUUCUGGAAUUUCAAACAAUUAUUCGACCGAGUGGAGCUAUUAUUGAACUUGGGUAUACAGUUAAAAAAAAAUUUGCAGACGAAGACCGAGUUACAUAUUUAAAAGAAAUUUAUAGAGCAAAUAAAGUUAGAUUUUGUGACAAGUUAGAACAUACAUCUACAUAUUCAGUUAAUUUGGCGCCACGUGGAGAACAACGAGUACCAAAUGAUCUUAAAGAAUUACUGCAAGCAUUAAUUUGUACACUAACUUGUUUAAAGAUAAAAGAUGUUCGAUGGCCAAACAUUAUUCAUUAUUAUGAGGAAUAUCAAAGAUUUAUUUUAAUCAACUUUGACUAUACUGACUUUUCCUUUUCUGAUAAGCCUUUAGAAGAAUUUUCUGAAAGCAAUCAUGCUCCUGAAAUGCUAAAUAAAAAGUAUGAUUUUAAGGUUAAUAUAUGGGGCGUUAGAAAUUUAAUUGGUUCAUGUAAUGUCACAGGCAUUCCUUCAAAACUUUCAAGUUUCAGCACAGAUUUGUGCAAAAGUAAUCCAAAUAAACAACCAACCGCUUCAGUUGCUCUUGAUCGGGUAAAAGAUAUGUUUAGAGAG